AUGUUCGACAAUGUCUCGCUCGAUGAUACCGAUUUGAGUCCGAUCCCCAGAAGCUACCAAAGCUCCGAUCGCCUAAUUCACACCCUAUCCGAGAAAGACCCAGAGAGAGAUCCCCAUAGAAAAUCCCUAGAAUAUGAGCCCCGGUCGAAACAACAAUCAUUCAGUCGCCAAAGUAGGGGUCUUUUUAGAGGCUGGAAGUUCACGGCGUUUCUGGCUUUCAUGUCGAGCGUGGUCGUAUUCCUCUUCAAUGCGGGAUUUCUCAUUUAUUCAGCCGCUAGUACUCGCAAUGGAGAUGGAAUGACUCUUAUGAAGGGAGAUUGUAACAAGGUGCACCGUCUGGGCAAAGCAAUGCACUGGUUAAUUAACGUGUUGGGUACUGGUGUACUAAGUGCCAGUAACUUCGGAAUGCAAUGCUUGAUAGCUCCGACUAGAAAGGACGUCGAUCGGGCUCACAGAAAAGCUAGCUGGCUCGAUAUUGGAGUUCCAAGUGUUCGAAAUCUAUUCCGUAUAUCUUGGAAACGUUCAUUUCUAUGGCUAUGUUUAUGUUUCUCGUCUCUUCCUUUCCAUCUCUUCUACAACUCCGCCAUUUACUACACAACCGCAGUCCCCGCAUACGAGGUAUUCGCUGGUCCUGGGUCCUUGCAUCAGAUGGACUGGCCAGAUGUGCAGUUGAACAACAUACCCAAGACCUCGGACAAGGGCGACUCUCUCAAAAGUCUCCUCCAUGCCGCAAAGAACGGGUCAUUACGCCAUUUGGACAGUGCUAGUUGUGUCGCUGCCUUUACACAGACUUACCAAGCAUCAUAUGGCAAGCUUCUCUUGGCAACGGAAUAUGCCCAGGAUAAUAAGUCAUACACACUCGUCUACACGAACCCUGUGUACCAGCCCAAAGAUAAUAACAUCGAGAAAGCUAUGCUUCCCUACCCAUGGGUUUGUCCCUCAGAUGGUGGUUCACAGGAAGUGUGCAAGAAGAACGGAAUUUCUGCCCAUUGCAGCCUGCAGUAUUCGCCUCCAUCGAUGGUCGCCGUCACCGUUGCCAAUGUUGUGAAGACAGGGAUCCUAUUAUACAUAUGGCUUGGAAUGCCUCGAGCCCCUCUCCUGACUGUCGGUGAUGGAAUUGCCUCUUUCCUACGUCGUAGUGACCCCUACUCGCUGGGCAUGUGUUUGCCCUCCGACGGCAGCGCAAUAUACACACACCCGGUUUACGCGAAGCUUCCAUCACUCAAAAACAGGAAACUGCGUCAUCCUGCCGUGUACACCGACAUUUGGAAGACAAAGCUCGGAGACAUCAAUUCGCAGACAAUCAUCAGCACUGGUGAUAGUCAAGGAUUCGUCACUAAUUCGAUCACGGCCAAUCUGCCACAACUCAUCUUUUCAUUCCUCUACGUGGCAUACAACAGUAUUUUGACCUCGAUGUGUCUUUCCGCUGAAUGGAGCCGCUUCGGCCACCGCCGCAAGGGCCUUCGCGUCUCCCAUAAUCCCAGGUUAUCCCAGCGAAGCAAUUAUUUCCUUACCCUCCCAUAUCGCUAUGCAGUGCCACUCAUGGCGACCUCGGCUGUUCUUCACUGGCUUGUUUCGCAGAGUCUGUUCAUAAUUGCUAUUGAAGCGUACAACACGCAUAUGGAAAGGGACCCCCUGCACGACGUGUAUGCCUGUGGGUAUUCGCCCCUGGCCAUUGUGAUUGCGACUUCAAUAGGAGCUGUCAUGUUUACUUGUUUGAUCGUUCUUAGUCUCCGGCGGUUUGAAUCAGCAAUGCCCGUGGCGGGGAGCUGCAGCUUGGCUAUUGCUGCGGCGUGUCAUCCAGAAUUCAACCCUAAUGUGGAUAAACCUGAACCUGUGGAGAUGGAAUCUGAAGACGAGGGGAAGGAUAUGGCUUUAUUACCUCUUCAAUGGGGGUCGAUUUCGAUCGAUGGUCCUAUAGGGCACUGUAGCUUUACUUCUGAGGAUGUCCAUCCUCCCGAGAAGGGUCAGAAAUACCAAUAA